CUAUUUAAUGCCUUCUUGAACGCUUCUCCUUCCCCCUUGCAUUGUUUGAUUACUUUGGAUCUGAAUCGACAGUGCUUUUUGUAUUUUUCUGAAGAUAAAACAUGGAGUGUGAAGAUCAUAUCAAUCGAGCUGACCCAACAUACGAUUGUCUAUUGUUUGAUUUAGAUGACACGCUUUACCCUCUGACAUCUGGUUUGUCCAAGGAAGUUAUCAAGAACAUUCAAGAAUACAUGAUUCAGAAGCUUGGAAUGGAGGAGGAAAAAGUUCCUGAAUUAUGUGUUUCCUUAUACAGGCAGUAUGGCACGACAAUGGCUGGCUUAAAGGCUAUUGGUUACAACAUCGAUUACGAUGAUUUUCAUAGUUUUGUUCAUGGGAGAUUGCCUUAUGAAUUGCUAAAACCUGACCCUUUUUUGAGGAAUCUCUUGCUUAGCCUGUCUGUUCGGAAAGUUGUUUUCACGAAUGCGGACAAGAAUCAUGCUGUCACGGUGCUUAACAGGUUGGGAUUGGAGGGUUGUUUUGAAGUGAUUAUAUGCUUUGAGACCCUGAAUCCCACAAACAAAGACGAUUCUUCGGAAAAUGCUUCCACCGAAAUCUUUGACUUUCUUACAUACAGUACUUGUCCCGAUUCAGAGCUUGAACUUCCAAGUCCUAAAGUUGUGUGCAAACCUUUAGAAAAAGCGUAUGAACAAGUCUUUGAGAUGGUCAGCAUCAACCCCAAGAAAACGUUGUUCUUCGAUGACAGCAUCCGCAAUAUUCAGACUGGUAAACGUAUGGGCCUUCACACCGUAUGGGUGGGAACUUCUCAACGAACCGAAGGUGUGGAUUAUGCACUAGAGAGCAUUCACAAUAUCAGGGAAGCAUUGCCGGAGCUCUGGGAAGCAGCAGAUGAGAAGGUUGAGAACAUUCUGCAUGCUGGGGAGGUACCUGUUGAGGCAACAGUUAUAGCUUAGCUCUUAGACCAUAAAGCUUACAUUUGGUGUGUUUUCACCACUCUUUGUAACAUGUAGAGUGGAGUUUUAUUAGUUAUGAUAUCUGAAUUUCGAUACA